GCCUUGGGGGGCGGUUACCUUCACUGGGGCCACUUCGAGAUGAUCCGCCUGACCAUUGGCCGCUGCAUGGACCCCAGGAACAUGUUCGCCGUCUGGCGCGUGCCGGCUCCCUCCAAACCGGUGACACGGAAGAGCCUGGGCCACCGUAUGGGAGGCGGCAAAGGCCCCAUCGACCACUACGUGACGGCGGUGAAGAGCGGGCGUUUGGUGGUGGAGGUAGGCGGGCGCUGCGAGUUCGGGGAAGUGAAACCUUUCCUCAUGCAAGUGGCCAGGAAACUGCCCUUCCCCGCCAUCCCCGUCAGCCGCGACGGCCUCCAGCGGAUGCGGGAGGAGGAAGAGGAGAAGAAACUCAACAACCAAAACCCUUGGACCUUCGAGCGCGUCGUAACGGCCAACAUGCUGGGGAUGCGCAGGAACCUCAGCCCCUACAACAUGCUGGGGAUGCGCAGGUACCUCAGCCCCUACGACCUGCGGCUGAAGGGACGUUACUGGGGCAAGUUCUUCCUGAAACACCGGGUGUGA